AUGGCCGCUAAGUUCAUCAUCCUCGCCGCUUGCGUGGCUACCGCACUCGCCCAAUACUCUGCCCCCGCUUACAAGCCAGCGUACUCAGCGCCCGCUUACUCAGCACCAAAGGCUUACGCCCCGGAGCCCGCAUACGCCCCAGCCCCAUACAGCUUCGAAUACAGCGUAAACGACCCACACACCUACGAUGUCAAGAGCCAAUCCGAAUACGCUGACGGCAACGGUUACGUCAAGGGAUCCUACAGCCUUUUGGAAGCCGACGGUUCCACCCGUACCGUUGAAUACACCGCUGACGACUACAACGGUUUCAACGCCGUCGUCAAGAACUCUGCCCCAUCUGCUGCCUACAAGCCAGCUUACUCUGCACCAGCAUACUCUGCACCAGCAUACUCUGCACCAGCAUACUCUGCACCAGCAUACUCUGCACCAGCCUACGCUGCACCAGCUUACUCUGCACCAGCCUACAAGCCAGCUUACAAACCAGCAUACUAA